AUGACUCGCUGGAUAAGAACCGGCGAAAGGAUCGAACCGAAAGCAGAGCAUUAUCCUAGGUCCUCCAGGAAGGAGCAAGCACAGCCAACUCGGAGGAGCGUUCAUUUACAAACACGGAAGAAGCCUGAAAGCAGCCUAGGAGGUUCUCCAGUGAUCGCAGUGCACGUAGAUACGCGCCAGCGUUCGGACAAGCGUUACGUCCUUGACAAAGCAAUCCUGUUCGACCAGUCGAGCUCCGGUUCUCCAGGCGAGGAGCUGUCGAAUGGCCGGAUCGACGGUGGAAACUUGAAGAGAGAGAUUCACCUCGGCGAGGAUUCGUUGAAGAAGGGCGACGUCGAUGUGGGAAAGUGUUGCAACGAUUUCGACGGUAUGCCGGAACUCAAGGACGAUCAGAUACAGUUGAACAGCGACGAGGAGGUCUCGCUGGAUCUUGGAGAACCCUCGCCGGAAGUAAUGGAGUACGCCAGAAGGGAGCUCGGCGAGACGGACGACGUGAAGUGCAGAACUCUUCAGGAACUGAGGGACAUGAUUUACGAUCGUAAACUAUUGCAACUUCAAAGAGGAACACCCGGAGAUCCAUCAAGAUGUGUGUCCACCAGAGAUGAAGCACAUUGGCGAAGACGAUGUGAUGUCAGUGCCACCGUACAGAACACAGGAUGGCAGGAGGAUAAUGAUCUAUCGACUGGGAAAUUGGGAUCCAAGGAAGUACGGCGUGGAGGAGAUUUUUAAAGCCACAGUCAUCAUCCUUGAACUUGGGGUAUUGGAGCCUAGAGCACAAAUCCUCGGCGGCGACGUAAUUUUCGAUUUGGAGGGCAUCACUAUGGCACAUGCGUGGACCAUCACUCCUCAGGUGGCUAGUAUGGUGGUAGCGUUGAUGGUAUCAGCAUUCCCAAUGACGACCCACGCCAUACACAUCCUCCAUCAGUCGUGGGUGUUCGACGUAAUGUUCUCGGUGUUUAAACCACUGUUAGACGUGAAAAUGCAGAACAAGAUCUUCUUCCACGGCAGCAACAUGGACAGCCUGCACAAGCACAUCUCCGCGUCUUACUUGCCGAAGAAGUACGGCGGGAUCAGGGAGGAGUUGCCUUACUACAAGUGGAUCGACAGCCUCAGCGAAGUGCCUCAAAUCGUUAAAGAGAUGAAGCAGCUUGGUUACAUAGUCCCGGAGGAGAUACAGAAGCAGUCAGAUCAAUCGGCCGAGGAUUGAAUUAGGACGUGCCUUGGGGGCUCCUCUGUCUCCAGUUCAAUAUUUACUUCUCGAUUAAUAAUAGCCACACACGUAUUAGUCUCAUGCUAACCUGUAUACAUGUCCGUAUAAUCCGGCUAGGAUUCUUAACUCUUUCUUAAUUCUUAGUUUCUUUAUUCACUUCCUUCUUAUCGCCCGUUAUCUUAUAGCGCGUUUCUUCCUCGCUAAACGGAGAAGAUGCAUUAUAUUAAGCGCAACUCAAGCGUCGCAUGUUUUGUAGCCGAUACUCCCGUUUAUUACCGUUCGUUCUGUAUCUUUCUGCAUGGCCCCUGAGCUCCCUGUCGUGAUAUUGAUUAAACGAUUUCAGUGAAAUCGCCUCUUCUCGUUCUCAUCUUUCCCACCGAGUCUUCAACGGAUACUAGAGCAAGAUUCGCGGAUUGAUAAUAAAUUGGAUUCGAGGCGAAUUAAUGGCUCGACAAAAAUCGACGUCGUUCAAUUUCCUGGGGAAAUGAAAGCACUGGCGUCGACGUGGUAUUCACAGAUCGAAUCGAGACCUUCGUUUU